ACGCUGGCGCUCAUCGUGUGCACCUUCACCUACCUGCUGGUGGGCGCCGCGGUCUUCGACGCGCUGGAGUCGGAGCCGGAGAUGAUCGAGCGACAGCGGCUGGAGCUGCGGCAGGAGGAGCUGCGGGCGCGCUACAACCUCAGCCAGGGCGGCUACGAGGAGCUCGAGCGGGUGGUGCUGCGCCUCAAGCCGCACAAGGCCGGCGUGCAGUGGCGCUUCGCCGGCUCCUUCUACUUCGCCAUCACAGUCAUCACCACCAUCGGCUACGGCCACGCAGCGCCCAGUACCGAUGGCGGCAAGGUGUUCUGCAUGUUCUAUGCGCUGCUGGGCAUCCCGCUCACGCUCGUCAUGUUCCAGAGCCUGGGUGAGCGCAUCAACACCUUCGUGAAGUAUCUGCUGCACCGUGCCAAGCGGGGCCUGGGCAUGAGGCGCUCCGACGUGUCCAUGGCCAACAUGGUGCUCAUCGGCUUCUUCUCGUGCAUCAGCACCCUGUGCAUCGGCGCGGCCGCCUUCUCCUACUAUGAGCACUGGACCUUCUUCCAGGCCUACUACUACUGCUUUAUCACACUCACCACCAUCGGCUUCGGCGAUUACGUGGCGCUGCAGAAGGACGAGGCGCUGCAGACGCAGCCGCAGUACGUGGCCUUCAGCUUCGUCUACAUCCUCACCGGCCUCACGGUCAUCGGCGCCUUCCUCAACCUCGUGGUGCUGCGCUUCAUGACCAUGAACGCCGAGGACGAGAAGCGCGACGCCGAGCACCGCGCGCUGCUCACGCGCAACGGGCAGGCCGCCGCGGCCGUGGGCGGCGGGGGCGGCGGCUUCCGCAACGUGUACGCGGAGGUGCUGCACUUCCAGUCCAUGUGCUCGUGCCUGUGGUACAAGAGCCGCGAGAAGCUGCAGUACUCCAUCCCCAUGAUCAUCCCGCGGGACCUGUCCACGUCCGACACGUGCGUGGAGCAGAGCCACUCGUCGCCGGGAGGGGGCGGCCGCUACAGCGACACCCCCUCGCAUCGCUGCCUGUGCAGCGGGGCGCCGCGCUCCGCCAUCAGCUCGGUGUCCACCGGCCUGCACAGCCUGUCCACCUUCCGCGGUCUCAUGAAGCGCAGGAGCUCCGUGUGAACGCCCCGCGGGGC